CAGCUGGUAAACACAAAAGCUGCAUCACCGCCGGCGUGACAGGCGGCUGGCUCCUCGGGUCCCCGCGAGUGUUUGUGUGGCUGAGUGUGCGUCGAACACUGCAGCGCAGCGAGGAUGGAGGCCAAAACUGUCCGAUUUCUCUACAGCCAGCGGUGUAAAGAGGUCCGAGCCCAGCUGGUGGAGCAGCUCAAGUGUUUGGACCAGCAAUGUGAGCUGCGGGUUCAGCUGCUUCAGGACCUGCAGGACUUCUUCAGGAAGAAGGCAGAGAUCGAGAUGGACUACAGCCGGAACCUGGAGAAGCUGGCUGAGCGGUUCCUCACAAAGACGCGCAGCACCAAGGACCAUCUACUCAAGAAGGAGCAGACCAUCUCAUCUCCGGUGAACUGCUGGAACCUGCUGCUGCUUCAGGUGAAAAGGGAGAGUCGGGACCACGCCACUUUGUCCGACCUCUACCUCAACAACAUCAUCCCACGGUUCGCGCAGAUCAGCGAGGACUCGGGGCGCCUCUUCAAGAAGAGCAAAGAGGUUGGAGUGCAGCUGCAGGAAGACUUGAUGAAAGUCCUCAAUGAACUUUACACGGUGAUGAAGACGUACCACAUGUACAACACUGACAGCAUCAACGCCGAGUCCAAGCUGAAGGAGGCGGAGAAGCAGGAGGAGAAGCAGAUGGGACGCUCCAGUCGACAGGAAGACAAGCAGACCCCGCGCUCCCCCGACACGCUGGGCAACAUCAGGACCGAAGAGAGAGUUGUCCGCCGUUCCAGCGUGAAAAAAAUCGAGAAGAUGAAGGAGAAGAGACAAGCUAAGUACACAGAGAACAAGCUGAAGGCCAUCAAGGCCAGGAAUGAGUACCUGCUGGCGCUGGAGGCCACCAACAGUUGCGUCUUCAAAUACUACAUCCAUGACCUCUCCGACAUCAUUGAUUGCUGCGACCUGGGCUACCACGCCAGCCUGCAUCGAGCCCUGAGGACCUACCUGUCUGCGGAGCAGAACGUGGAGACGUCUAAACACACGGGUCUGGAAACACUGGAAGGAGCGGCAGAGAGCCUGGAGCCCAACGGGGACAAGCAGAAACUGAUGGAGACCUACAACAACGUCUUCUGCCCACCAGCCCGUUUCGAUUUUCAGUCCCACAUGGGGGACACGAUGGGAGUGAUGUGUGCACAACAGCCGCUGGAAGUGGACCUCCAUCAGAGGUGUCAGUCUCUGCAGUCGCGCCUCUCCACUCUGAAGAUCGAGAACGAAGAGGUGAAGAAGACCAUGGAGGCCACCAUGUCCACCAUCCAGGACAUGGUGACGGUGGAGGACUACGACGUCUCCGAGUGCUUCCACCACAGCAACAGCAUGGAGUCUGUCAAGUCCACGUUCAGCGAGUCGUAUCUGAGCAAGCCGAGCCUGGCCAAGCGGCGUGCCAAUCAGCAGGAGACCGAGCAGUUUUACUUCACGAAGCUAAAGGAGUUUCUGGAAGGCAGGAGUCUGAUCACCAAACUGGAUGCCAAGCAUGACUUAAUCCAGAAGACCCUGGGAGAGAGUCAGAAAACCGACUGUUGCCUUGCCAGUGGAAGAAGAAAUUCAACCGUGCGGAAGCAGGACUCAGGUGAAGCCAUUCCGCUGAUGGUCGAGAGCUGCAUCCGCUUCAUCAGUCGCCAUGGUCUGCGGCACGAGGGCAUCUUCAGGGUGUCUGGAUCGCAGGUGGAGGUCAACGACAUCAAGAAUGCCUUUGAGAGAGGCGAGGACCCUCUGGCGGGAGACCAGAAUGACCACGACAUGGACUCUAUUGCUGGAGUCCUGAAGCUCUACUUUAGAGGCCUGGAGCACGCCCUCUUUCCUAAAGAAGUCUUCCAUGACCUCAUAUCCUGUGUUUCAAUGGAGAGCCUUCAGGAGCGAGCGGUCCACAUUAGAAAGGUUCUGCAAGGCAUGCCAAGUAAAACGCUCGUCAUCAUGAGAUACCUGUUUGCCUUCCUCAACCAUCUGUCCCAGUACAGUGAGGAAAACAUGAUGGACCCCUACAACUUGGCCAUCUGCUUCGGCCCAACCCUGAUGUCUGUCCCUGAAGGCCAUGACCAGGUCUCCUGCCAGGCUCACGUCAACGAACUCAUUAAAACUAUCAUCAUCCACCACGACAGCAUCUUCCCAGGCCUGCAGGACCUGCCGGGCCCAAUGUAUACAAUCCUUGGAGCCGGAGACGACUUCUGCGACAGUCCGCAGUGUGAGCCCCCCCUAGUGGAAGAGCCGGCACCUGACACCGUCUCAGUCAGGCACAACAGCGAAGACGGCACCUUGGCUGUUUCAGAGUCUGAACCGGUCGAAGCCGUCGCCAAGUUCGACUACACGGGCCGUUCCGGUCGGGAGCUGACGUUCAAAAAGGGUGCCUCUCUCCUGCUGUUCCAGCGAGCCUCCGACGACUGGUGGGAGGGGCAGCACAACGGAGUGGACGGUCUGGUGCCGCACCAGUACAUCAACAUCCAAGAGACAUCUGAUGCUGAACGCGGCAGUCCAAAGCCUGAAGUGGACAGCAGGGAGCAGCUGGAGGAGAGGGUGUCCACUCGGGGCAGCGCACCGUCUCCCACAGGAGGCCACGUGGCCGACAUCUAUCUGGCCAACCUCAAGCUGAAGAAACGGCCUGAGCCCGGGAACAUCCGGAGAGCGUUCAGGUCGGAGAGCGACAGCAUAAGUCCGGCGGCCAGCAGCAGCGGGGCGGGAGGCGCCAGAACGGCGCCUCUCACCGGUGGACCUCAGGUGAAAGACUCGGGAGACAAACGUCCCGUCAGCGCUCACAACAUCCUCAACUCGGUCACUCGGCACUCUUCACUCAAAACAAAGGUGGAAAGUCCACAGUUACGGAAGGCGACCCCCGCAGGACGCUCCAAGAGUUUCAGCAACCACAGGCCCCUGGACCCUGAGGUCAUAGGUCAUGUGGAGCUCACUGCACAGGACACCCAGGACUCGGCCCUGAGCGAGCUCAGUAAGUUUGAAAGACAAACGCCCUCCAAACACACGCACACCCCCGACGUGGUGCUGGACACGCUGGAGCAGCUGAAGGGCAUGAGCGGAGGCGGCGGAGGAGGAGCUUCCGAGCCCUCCAGCCCGCUCCACUCCCGUCUGCUGCGGGACGGCGAGGGCGGCCCCUCCUACGUCCACCCGCUCCAGCGCAGCGCCUCGUCGGCGAGCGACGUUCCCUCGUCUUUCCGCCCUCCUAAGACCCAGCCGCGGAGCCCGCUGCCGUCUGCCACGUCCCCCUCCCUGUCUUCGUCAACCCUCUCCUCAUCCGUACCUUCCUUUAGGGAGCUGCGUCCGCCGGCGACCAGACCGAAACCCGUGGUGUUCCCAAAGGGAGGAGGGACCGGGAGCCCGGCGAUGGGCUCUCCGACCUCCAUCGUCCCCCCAACGCCACCUCCUCCACUCAUGGGCCACGCGCACUCACUCGCCCAUACGCCCCCUCCUCCUCCACCCCCUCCCCAGUCUAAUGACAAAUCCUGUCCCGCUUAAUUUUUUCCUGAAUUCCUUGUAACAGUCCUUACAGCUCUUUCAGCAAGUGCAAAAAGCACUUUGGUUGUUUCACAUAACCCCUCUACUCACAUGUAGCAGUUUCUUAGCAACCUCUUAGGUGUCAUUGUCUUUAGCAGGAAGAGUGUGCCCUCUGCUGGCAGCUCUGCUUUACUGCAAGGAGAAGCUUGGAUUUUUCUUUUCCUCUGCAGAGAGAUCUCCAAACAACGCUGUAUUUCAAAACCUCCAGCAGGGGAACAACAUCUGGAGCCUACACACACACACAUUUUUUUUGGGGGGGGAGCGGGGGGUAGCAAGGGUUUGCAUAUGAAAUUGUGUUUGAGUGCGGGUGUAAGAGUUAUUUGCCUUUGCGAAGGAGCUCUAUGUGUAAAGAACAAAAAGCACUGUUUAAUUUUUGUAUAAUAGACAUGACAGGGUUUGUUUUUUUUCUUUUUGACAACCCUGUGUUGUGUGGAGAAACAGAUGGGAGUGUUUGAUUUACGAGAACAGACUGUGAAAGCCAAGCUCCCCACUUUGAAGAACCGAAACACACCGACUUGCUGCUUCAUAAGAGGCAGAUGGGAUUUUUUAUUUUCUCUUCGGAACGAUGAGAGAAAGGAAAAACUUGGCCAAAUAUCAGUGUAAAUCACGUGAUCAAGAGCUUUAUUUACCUCUCCUUCAGUGUUUUAGUGCAUCUGUGUUUUUUUUAACUACAUAACAUAAACAUGUACCUAAUAUGGCCAACAGUAAUUCUGAAUCUAACAUAGCAAUAAAACAAUGAAAGCAAAAGGUUUGGCGGUAUGAAGCUGCUGUAGUGCAGCAGCUUUGCCAUGUGUCUGUGUGUAGGGGACCACUGAAACCCAGCGUCUUUAUAUGGCAUAUUUUUAUUUUUUGGACUGUGCACACAUUUUCCCCUAAUGUGUGGUGAUUUGAGGCAGCUAAACGCCUUUCAGGUUGUUAUCAUGCAUGCUGGGGCCACUCACAGUACCAACUAGCCGAACUGGGGAUACCAGCUGUAACACAAGUUCCAAAAAAAAAAGUCAAUAAUUUAUAAGUAAAGAAAACAUCUUGAUCUUCUGUUUUUACUAUUUAAUAAUCAUGUUGAUAACUGGAAAGCAUGCAGCUGAGGAUCUUCCUGAGUGUGUGCACAUGUAAGCACAAAAAAACCACCUCAUCUUCUGUGUUCCCGAGUUAAUGCCAAGAAUCGGUUGGGUGGGGGAACUUAUGGACUGUUAUAUCUAUCUAUAUGCAUGUGUGUAAGUGUGCACAUGCAUGGAUAGAGAGUACUUUAUGCACCUCCCCGGCCUGCACAUAAAUGAAUGCCAACUGAAACCUACAUUCAGGAGACGCCAGUUCUCAAUAUCCUGAAAAUGUGUCAUUUACAGCUGCAAAUGUAUUUCUAUUUACCUUUAGGUUUUUUUUUUAACAAAUUUUUGCCACAUUAAAACCAUAAUGUUUAAUAUAUUUUAGUGGGAUCUUAUAGGAUCAACUCAACACAAAGUAGCUCGUAAUUGUGAAGUGGAAGGAAGGUAGCAAUGGGGUUUGUUUUAUCUAAUACACCUCAUCAGCAUUCAGUUUCCUUCAGUAGUCACCUAAUUACUAAAGAGUCUGAGUGCAGUUUCAGCUCAGUAUAAAAACAGCUGUUCUGCAAAAUAGUGAUGGAUAAUUGUUGCAUUGUAGAAUUGCGACUUUUGAUUAAUAUCAGAUCUAACUGAUGAUGUUUGCAAAACAAAAAAAAACUGACAGUAUGGUUAGUUCAUUUUACUGUUUGCAGAAUUAUUUUCCCUGUUGACUCCAGUAUAUAUCAGUACAAACGAAUAUAUAAUUAAUUGCAAUUACAGACUUUACAGUCUACGGACUUUCAGCAGUGAUUGCAGCAGAAUGUGGUUCUACGCAAAAGGAAUACAGGAGACUGAAUACAAAUGCUCACCAUAAUUUUCAGAUUUUCCCCUGCAAACUUUUCAAACCAUUCACCUUUGGCGUUAUGCACCACUUUGUGUUGGGCGAUCACUGUAAAAUCCUACAAAAAAUAAAAUAAAACACUCAAGUUUAUGGUUGUAGCGUGACAAACUGUGAAAAAAAUUCAAGGGAUGCUAUUACUUUUGCAAGGCACUCUAAAUGAGGAACAAACCAGCUAAGAUAGCUGAUGCAUUGUCUUCAGUCAUUGUAGCAACCCUAGCAGUGGCAGACAAGCUUGCUGUUAUUAAGAAGACAAUGCAAAAACUGGCCUAUUUUUUGUCUAUUUGCCCUUUGCAAAAAUGAAUUUGCAUUAUGUGAAAAAAAAAGAAACUCACAGUAAGAGAGAGCACAAAUCCAUGCCUUUUCAGUGUAAGUUACCGUUUUUUUUUUUUUUUUUUGAAGCUUCCCCUCUCCCCCCCAGCUCUACAGCGCGGUAUGCAUUCCUGUAAUGAACUGUAUCUGUCAAGUCUCUUUGAAAUCUCUGUAUAGUUUUUGUGCAUACCUGGUGUAUUUGUGUUGCUCUUACCUCAAUAUCACAACUGGAGGGACUGUGCGAUGCAGAACCAUUCCUGUUCACGCGUACAGUACAAACAUGCAUGUGGGUGGUCGGUGCAUUUGUGAAAAGGCGCAAAAGACCUUCUGUGAACUCUAAUCAGUCAUUGUGCACUUGGCUUGCAUGUGGACUAACUUGUGUGGGGAUGAUGUGUUGGAGUUGAAUAUUGUUGAUGAGUAUGCAUUUUUUUGUGUGUGUGCAUUUGGGGGGGAGAAAAAAAUCACAGAACUAAAAAAAAGAAAAAAAGACAAUAAUGUCAAAUCUAUUUAUAGUUGUCUCUGUAUUACUGGAGAAUCAUGUGCUCAGAUGUACUUUGUAUAUACAAUGUUGUACAUUACAGAGGUACACUUUUGGUACAGUAUUGUACAGUAAUAGCAAUAGUAGUUUAAUCAAACAGGCCUUAUAUAAUUCUAUGUGUAGUUCUUGUAGUAGAUCUGUUUUUUUUUAAUAAACAUGGCUUGCUAUAA